AUGGCUUCAAAACCAGGAGUCCUCACUGACUGGCCAUGGAAGCAUCUCGGAAGCUUUAAGCAUGUAAUUUUGGCGCCAUGGGUGGUUCGUAGCAUGUACUUGAUUGUUAUGAAAGAAGAGAGAGACCUUUUCAACUUUCUCACAGCCCCAUUUCUAUUGUGGAGGAUGCUUCAUAACCAAAUAUGGAUUUCUAUUUCUCGUCACCGAACAGCCAAAGGCAAUAACAGGAUUGUUGACAAGACUAUUGAGUUUGACCAAGUUGACAGAGAAAGCAAUUGGGAUGACCAAAUCCUUAUGAAUGGAAUUAUAUUCUACAUAGUAAACAUGGCAGUUCCUGAGGCUUCAAACUUACCCCUGUGGAGAACAGAUGGUGUGAUCAUCACAACUUUGCUCCAUAUUGGACCUGUUGAGUUCCUCUACUACUGGUUACACAGAGCACUGCACCACCAUUACCUCUACUCUCGCUACCAUUCCCACCACCAUUCCUCUGUUGUCACCGAGCCCAUUUCGUCUGUUAUUCAUCCAUUUGCAGAACAUAUUGCAUACUUUUUGCUCUUUGCGAUACCAAUGAUGGCGACAGUGUUGACUGGGACUGGCUCUAUAGUGGCAAUCUUUGGUUAUAUCACUUACAUUGAUCUCAUGAACAACAUGGGACACUGCAACUUUGAGCUCAUUCCUAAGUGCCUCUUCACAAUCUUUCCCCCUCUCAAGUACAUUAUGUAUACGCCGUCAUAUCACUCCCUGCAUCACACUCAAUUUCGGACCAAUUACUCAUUGUUCAUGCCAAUCUAUGAUUACAUAUAUGGUACCAUGGACAAGUCCACAGAUACACUAUACAAAGAUUCACUCAAAAGACAAGAAGAGUCGCCGGAUGUAGUGCAUCUAACGCAUCUCACAACACCAGACUCCAUCUAUCAUCUCCGGCUAGGGUUCGCCUCCUUGGCCUCCAAGCCCCACACAUCUAGCUGGUACCUGUGGCUAAUGUGGCCGGUGACAUUUUGGUCCAUGAUCAUCACUUAUCUCUAUGGCCGGACAUUCAUUCUCGAGAGAAAUAUCUUUAGAAAGCUCAAAUUACAAUCAUGGGCAGUACCAAGAUACAGUAUCCAAUACUCACUUCGAAGGCAAAAAGAGGACAUCAAUGAUCAGAUUGAAGAGGCCAUACUAGAGGCCGAGGGAAGAGGUAUUAAGGUGUUAAGUCUAGGCCUUUUGAACCAGGGGGAGGAACUUAACAGAAAUGGUGAGCUUUACAUCCAAAAGUAUCCUAAGCUCAAAAUGAAGGUGGUAGAUGGAAGUAGCUUAGCAGUUGGUGUUGUGCUAAAUAGCAUUCCAAAAGGAACAACACAAGUGCUCCUCAGAGGCAAUCUAUCCAGAAUUGCUUUUUCCAUUGCUUAUGCUUUAUGCCAAAAGGGCAUCCAGGUGGCAACAUUAUAUCAAAAUGAGUAUGAGAAGCUGAAGCUGAAGCUGGAAACAGAGUGUGAAAGUAAUUUGGUCCUGUCAAAAGGAUAUGCUCACAAGGUAUGGCUAGUGGGAGAUGGAUUGACUGAAGAAGAAGAGCUGAAUGCAUCAAAAGGAACACUCUUCAUUCCAUUCUCACAAUUCCCACCAAAGAAAAGGCGCAGCGAUUGCUUGUACCACAACACACCAGCAAUGUUAACUCCCAUGUCUCUCCAGAACCUGGACUCUUGUGAGAAUUGGUUGCCAAGAAGAGUGAUGAGUGCUUGGCGCGUAGCCGGGAUAGUGCAUGGCUUAGAAGGAUGGAAUGUACAUGAGUGUGGUGACAAUAUGUUUGACGGUGACAAAGUUUGGGAAGCCAGUCUUAAACACGGGUUUCAGCCUCUGAUGAUUCCCCAGUUUGCCAAAGAAUCAGGUUAGUGCAAUAUUUAUCGAUUUGGUCAUUUGUAAACUUUGAGAAACCAUGAACUUCUAAAGCCGUAAGUUAGGAUGUUGUGCCUUUCAAAGCCUUUUUGGCAACAAUAAUGUUCUAUUAUGGAUGUCUUUAGAGUAUUAUUGGAGCAUCUACUGCAACUAUGACAAUUGAACAUGUUUAAGAUUAUUCUACUCUACUUUAAUGUAC